UGCCCGACCACGUAUAAACGAAGCGGUCGAUAUGCGGACGAACGAAACAACCGGGCGUUACACCAGUUUGCUUCAGUUUUACCUUCAGGCAGUUGCAAUUUGUUAUUCCACCGGUAGCCACCGUCGUGCGCAGACGUAGCGGCUUUUUGGACCGGCACCACCAUUGCAGUUGCAGUGUAGAUUUGGUCAAGUUGCAUAAUCUACAGAGUUGUCUGACAUUGUGGUUCAAAAUAUUUCCAGACUUCACACUUGCCGACUGUCAGUAUUUAACAACCACUCUCGAAGGUAUGUUUCACCUAGCCAUGCCCAUCUAACAACCCUGCAAGGUCGAGUGUGCUGGGAACAUACGACUUUGUAGCAGUUGGAAUCUAUUACGUCUUGGUUCUCACCGUCAGUGUAUAUUCGGCAUGCCGUCCGAACCGGAACACUCUGAGUGGCUACUUCCUGGCAGGGCGUUACAUGCAUUGGCUUCCGGUUGGUGCCUCCUUGUUUGCCAGCAACAUCGGCAGCGAGCACUUCAUAGGCCUGGCUGGUUCUGGGGCUGCCGCGGGUAUUGCUGUCGGAGCCUUUGAACUGAAUGCUUUGAUACUACUUCAGGUGCUAGGGUGGAUCUUCCUGCCUGUCUUCAUCGCAAGCGGGGUGUGCACACUACCAGAGUACAUGAUGAAGCGGUUUGGUGGAACACGAAUCAGAAUCUUCCUAGCUGCCCUGUCUCUCAUCCUCUACAUCUUCACCAAGAUAUCGGUUAACAUCUACAGUGGAUCCCUGUUCAUCCAACAAGCUGUGGGUUGGAACAUCUGGUACAGCAUCUUGUUACUUCUCUGCCUAACGUAUAUCUGCUCUGCUAUUGGAGGAUUAGCUGCAGUUAUAUACAUGGAAACCUUACAGUUUUUCAUCAUCAUAUCUGGAUCAGUCAUGGUCAUGAUCACAGGCUUCAUGGCAGUAGGAGGAUGGAGUGAACUGACAGUGCGUUAUCUUCAAGCUGUACCAAAUGAAACAUACUUCAAUACAACUUGUGGUGUUCCACGUCAGGACUCGUGGAUCAUGUUAAGAGAUCCCAUACAUUCUGACAUGCCAUGGCCAGCUUUCCUACUUGGACAGACACCGUCUUCUAUUUGGUAUUGGUGCGCUGAUCAGCUGAUGGUGCAGAGAACUCUAGCUGCCAAGUCUUUGUCUCAUGCUCAGGGAGGUACUCUUCUAGCUGGUUACGUAAAGAUCCUUCCCGUUUUCAUCAUGGUCCUGCCUGGAAUGAUCAGCCGAGUCCUGUUCCCUGAUGAGAUCGCUUGUGUAAAACCAGAAAUCUGCGAGAAAGCAUGUGGUAACCCAGUUAGCUGUUCUAACAAUGCCUAUCCUCGUCUAGUACUGGGUAUAAUGCCAUCAGGUCUACGUGGAGUGAUGCUAGCAGUCAUGUUGGCAGCGUUGAUGUCUGACCUUAGUUCCGUUUUCAACAGCGCGAGUACGCUGUUCACGAUGGACAUGUGGAAGCGAGUGAGGAAACAGGCAACCACCAAGGAGCUUCUCAUUGUCAGCAAAGUGUUUACAGCAGUUUUGGUUGUUAUAUCCAUCGUAUGGAUUCCAAUUAUUCAGAAGACACAGGGCGGUCAGUUGUAUAUCUACAUUCAGUCGAUUGGUGCCUAUCUAGCUCCUCCUAUUGCUGCGAUCUACUGUCUUGCUCUCACAUGGCCUCGUGUGAAUGAAAAGGGUGCCUUUUGGGGUCUGAUUACUGGCCUUUUUAUCGGACUUACUCGAAUGACAUUGGAUUUUUGUUUCCCAGAGCCUCGCUGCUAUGAAGAAGAUACUCGCCCACUAAUCAUUUCCAAGGUGCAUUACAUGUACUUUGCAAUGAUGCUCUUCUGGACAACUAUUGUUCUGGCUGUAGUUGUGAGUUUAUUGACAAAACCCAUUCCAGAGUAUAGGUUGAUCCGAACAACAUAUCGCACACGUUUUGACCAGCGUAAACGAAAGGAUGAUGAUCAACCAAUGAGGGCUGAAGAAUUGGAGCUCAUGAUGACUGCACAACGAAAGGCUAUUGCAAAUGAAAUUGAUGGUGAUGUUAAUAAACUUCCUGAUAAAAACUGUGAGAAACCAAGUCUGUUAUUGCGACUCUUCCGAUGGGUAUGUGGUGUUGAAACUGAGCCAGAGAAGGAACAGAGGCUUGCAAGGGAUGCUCAAAAUCGUUUGGAUCAGGAAAGAGACCCUGAGAGGGAACAGAGACUCGCAAGAGAAGCUGAAGACCAAUUAAGGUUAAAGAAGGUCAACACAUUGGAGCAAACACCACGUGAGAAAUGUAUUCUGAAUACAUGCCUGGCAGUAAUCAUAACAGCAGCAGUUGGACUCUAUGCCUUCUUUUCGAUCAACCCACUGUCAGCAGAAGAGACUGAGAAUCUGAGGAUGGAAGCUUUAAACCGUUCUUUGUAUCAUGGUAACUCUACCAGCUAGGAAAAGUGCAGUACAUGAACACUUAUUGGUCCAGUGUUUAUCUCACAUGUUGCGUUUUGACACACCAGAUAACACAACUAAGUACAAGGGUAGGUACUUAACUUAGGAUUACAGUUUUCCAGCAGAUACACAUAAACUAGUUUCACAGCAGCUAUUCAGCACCAUGUUGGGGCAUUACUGAAGAGAAAUCACAAUGUUUCUAGGAUUUGAGGUUCUCACACCAGAGGUUAUGAAGAAUUAUCUUUCCUGUGAUAUAAUUUCAUGUAGUCCAUUGAAGGUCAACCAAGGUGGAACACCACAAAAUGUGUGUAACCUCUUGGUUUGUUGAUUAUUCCAGCAGUCCAGAAUCACAGUCGCUUGAAUUGAAGCCAGAGUGUGUGUCUGUCCUGCCUAAAUGUAUCAGAUUAUUUUGGGAAGCUGUCUGAUGAUCACAUUGUGUGUCAUUUCUUUUCAGUCAGCUUUUGUAUUUUUUAAUUCAUGGUACUGUUCCCUUUAAUAGUAAAUUUGUUACUUUAUUUGCUCUGAAGUCUGGAAUAUUACAAUUAAUAUUAGAAACAACACUAUGGUAAUAAUUAUUAAGGGAUAUUUGUGAAACUCUUGCAUUAUUGUUUAUGAAACUCCUUCCUAGAAGAUUAAAGCUGUGUUAUUUGAAGGUUAAUCAUUCAAGCUGUGUAAAUAAUUUCAGUUUUAUGUUAACUAGAAGUGUUGUUUUCAACGGUUUAACAUUAGAAGUAAAGUUAUAUUAAGAUGGUUUUUUAAUACUGAGAAUACACAUGUACUGUCAAAAUUUUGCAUAAUGAAAUGUGAAGUAACAACUCACUACUGUAUUGUGAACUUAAAAUGUGUAGUCUUUGUCUUCUUCACUGACAGCUCUUGUGUACUGUGAUUUCUACACCCAGACUGAAUUACGUUUAAUGAAUUACUUUUAAUGUAACAAUUUGGUUUAUGUAAUCGCUGAUGGAAAACAGUUUGCACAAGUUCAUAAGUUUUCUUGAUGUGUAUGUAAUUGAUAAGGUUAUAACCAUCCUGUCUCCUGCAGAAAAUGGAACAUGUUACAUGGUUUUGCAGCAAAGUCAGUAGGUUACAAAGAGAAUGAAAAAUAGUUGAUAAAUCUCAGGUGCUUCUUUCCCUACUAAUCAUAUCACUUGCCACACAAGAAAUUGUGCCAUAGCCAAUAUAUUUAAAAAGUUACAUGUAAUAUGUUUUUGUGUUUUAAAGGCACAUCAGUAGAUUCUGGUUCAGCAGAAAUUAAUGCAUUUGUUUAAUUGGAUACCUAAUGUGUAGCAUAUUGUAAGCUACUAUCAGAAACCAAUCCAGGGUUUCUGACACCUUGCCUAGAAUUUGCCGAUAUAAGAAAAAUUAUAAUUCUAUAGGAGUUUAUAAGAAACUCUGUGUCUGAUGAGAUAUGCAGGAUAAUUCC